AUGGCGCCUCAGGCCGCUGCCCGCAGCAACGACCUCAUCCUCCAAAAAUCACGCAUCUCCGGCCCAACCCAACGGGCCCUCUUCCGCUCAAAAAAGUACCCAGGGCUCUGGUACGCCGAAACGCAAAUCCCAGACGAUAACAACAGCGCGACCGAUCCCAACCCAUAUACCUGGAACGUCCCCCCACGCAAAAUCAACCUCUCAAACGCGCGACCCACGUACAAAAAAGGCGCCAUGACCUCUGCCAAGUACGCAACAAAAGGCCAUCUCUACGCCAAGCAAAUGGACUACCUGCGCUACUACCGCGAACUCUUCGGACAACCCUACUGGAUCAAAGACAUCAUGACCCGGGAGAUAGCAAACUGUGAAGUACUACGCAAGAACGCGCAUCCGAAUAUCUGCCGGUACGUAGGCGUGAACUACGGUAUGGACCAAGGUAUCACAGCGCUGCUAUUCCGGCGCUACGAUACCACAUUGUGGGAUCUGAUCGUCGAGUCGAGGGUCUUUGAUGCAGAAAAGUGUAUCCAAGGGAUACGAAAAGGGAUCCAGCAUAUUCAUUCAUUGGGCCGGACGCAGAGUUUCGUAGUCGGGGAUUUCGAUUCCAUGCAGAAGCAGGGGGCGUCGCUGAAAUAUAAAUGCGGUACGGAUGGGUGGGCGCUGGAUAGAGCGGGGACGAGUGGGUAUAUGGUGAAUGUAGAGCAGGACUGGUUUGGGUUCGACAUGGUGAGUGCGUGGGUGAGGGAGAAGGGGAACGGGAAGCCAGUACAAGGGAGCGUGUAUGCGAAGACGGAUGAUAUUCUGGCGAGGGCGAAGAGGGCGUAUGGAGUCAAGCGGCAGGCGGAGAGGUUGAGGAAGCAGACGGAGGAUUUGAAGAGGAAGGCGGAGAAAGUGAGGAGGCAGGAGGAGGUUAAGAGGUCGGUCAAGGAGAAGGCGGAUGCGGUGCGUAAAGUGCAGGCUGCGAGGAAGGUUCUCGUUACGGAGAAGGCUAAGAUUAUACCCAAGGCGGAUGCUUUGGAGAAGAUUGGGGCGGCGAAGAAAGCGGUCGGGGCGAAGCCUACAUAUGCCAAUGUAGUAGCGAAACGCGAUCCCUCGCCAACGAAGAAGCUGCAAGUGCCGAAGAAACUCAGGGUACAGCCGCCGUCGUAA